AGGAAGGAGCAACAGCAGCCAAAGGAGGAGGAGGAGGAGGAGGAGCAGAAGCAUCAGGAGCCUCUCUCCAAAGGCAGCCAGGGCCACAAACUGGGCGACCCAGAAGGAACCAAAGGGAUGCAGGUGGCUCCCUGGACUGCCAUAACUCCCCGUUUGUGAGAACGAGGAGGAGGAGCGGGGGAAGCCCGGCCGCUCUGCCGGCAGAGGUGGCUCCGGCGACGGAUGCCUGCGCUACGCGAGGCCGGUGCUGCUGUUGAGGCCUCCUCCUCCUCGGGAAGGGAGAGCCAGCGCAGGAAGAGGAGGAGGCGAGGAAGGCGGCGAGAGCAAGCAGCAUGCUUUUGACAGCAGAAAUGGGGGAAUGGAAGACUUCUUAUUACCUGCGUUAAAAUGGAUUAUUUAUUACUAGAGUAAAUAAGGUGCUGGCAGCUGUUCCUCAGCUUCUGUAUCUACAUAAAAAUGAGUGAAGUACAAGCAAUGGUAGAAUUCUCCGUGGAACUGCAUAAAUUUUAUAAUGUGGAUUUGUUUCAAAGAGGCUUUUACCAGAUUCGUGUAUCUAUGAAAAUUCCUCCAAGAGUUCCACACAAAAUUGAAGCAAGCUUGUUACAUGCAGCGAGUGCUGAUCUUGCCUUUCCAGCAUCAGUCCAUGACAAUGUAGUCUGUAGUAAAACCUUUCAGAUUCUUUACAAAAAUGAGGAGGUGUCUGUGAAUGAUGUUAUGAUCUUCAAAGUUAAAAUGCUGCUGGAUGAAAGGAAGAUCGAAGAGUCUCUUAAUGAAAUGAAUUUCCUGCUUUCUCUAGAUUUACACUUUACAGAUACAGAUUAUUCGCCAGAGGACCUGAAUACAUUGCAGCUAAUUAGCAGCCGAACACUAAAGUUGCACUUUACCUUACAACGAGGCCUUCAUCACUAUGUCAAUGUCAUGUUUGAUUACUUUCACCUCUCUGUCAUUUCUGUUAUAGUCCACGCCUCUUUAGUUGCUCUUCACCAACCAUUGAUAAGCUUUCCUCGCCCAAUCAAGAACACUUGGCUAAACAGAAAUGCACCAGCACAAAACAGGGAUUCUGUGAUUCCUUCUCUUGAAAGUGUUGUCUUCGGCAACAAUUACACCAAACAAUUAUCAGCUGAUGGCAGCAGUUUUAUAAUAGCAGAGCCUUUUUUGAAUCACGCUUACAAUCUCCACCAUACACUUUGUGCCAGUUUGCUGCUUGCAUUCAAAGGACUACACAGCUAUUUCACUACUUUAUCAAAAGAGCUGCCUUCCUCUCUGAAAUUAGAUGCAGCCAAGUCCAGCAUGCAGGUCCUUUAUGAACGCCUCCUCAGAAGAAAAUACCAUCGAAUCCAGGGAGACGCCUAUCUAGAAAACAUAGAUACAGAUGUAGAAGCACGUCUUUCAGAACUCUCUGAAGAAAUAAAGAAAAUGGAAAAUCCUGAUGAGCUGGCAGAACUUAUAAAUAUGAAUCUUGCACAGCUUUGUUCACUUCUGAUGGCUUUAUGGGGACAAUUUCUUGAAGCCAUUAACUUCCAAGAAGACGUCAUUGCGUUGCUAGCACAAGAACAUCAUAUAAUGCGUGUGCGUAGAUUUUCUGAAGCAUUUUUUUGUCUUGAACAUCCAAGAGAAGCAGCGCUUGCAUAUCAAGAACUUCAUGCCCAGAGCUACCUUCAGAUGUGUACUGCAAUAAAAAGCACCUCCUUCUGCAGUUCUCUCCCACCUCUCCCAACUGAAUGCAGUGAAUUGGAUGGAGAUCUGAAUUCCUUGCCUAUAAUCUUUGAAGAUCGAUACCUAGAUUCUGUGACUGAAGAGACAGAUGUGCCCUGGUCUACAACACAUCAAAAAUCAGAUUCCAAGAAACCAGAUAAAAUAGAUGCAGAAGAAACUUCUAUGGCUGGCUUUUCUAGCCCAGAGCUGAAAAACAGAUCUUCAGUUGUCUCCCAUGCUUGGCAGUCAGAAAGUGAAAAGCAGUUCACAAAGUCUGCUAAGGGGAAAUAUGAAGAUGCGAACAAAUCCAAAGUUAAAGUUACCAAAUUGAUGAAAACAAUGAAACCAGAAAAUCCCAAAAAAAUGGUAAAACAAAACUCUAAGGACUCUGUUGUCCUGGUAGGCUACAAAUGUUUAAAAAGUGCAGCACAAGAUGACAUCUCUAAAUACUUUGAAGGAAUGCCUUCAGAUUACCAGAAGGAAGGAUAUGAUUAUACUGUGGGUAGACAUCCUUGUGAUACAAAAAACUUAAUGAGACAAAUCAGUCAGAAAGAUUUUACAAGUUUGCCGUCUAGAACUGAACAAAUUACUACAAAGCUGGAAGGGGGCGAGGAAAGCCAACAUAUAUCUGUUGUUCCUCAGUGUUCAAAUGCAAUCAUUUUUGGUAAAUCUGAUAUCCCCCAAGCAGGCAUUGGGGGUACUCAUGGGGAUAGCAGCUUGACAACUAGAACUACUGUUGAAGAUUGUACUGGUACUUCUGGAGUUAUCAGAAUAGAAGUCAAACCAUACUGUAAAAAUAUUAAUGCAGGAGAGAAAGUGUUUCUUAGAAUUGGUUCACAAAUAGAAGUUUCAGGAACUGGAGGAACUGGAGAAAAUGGAGAGAACUUGCAGAAGCCUACGUUUGAAAGACCAGAAUCUGAAAAGAGACCUAAAUCGGAAGAAGAGGAACUACUGCUUGAAAAGGAAGUUGUACAAGAAACAAACUUCCGUCUCAUAAAAGAUUCAUUGACAAAGGUCACAACCAGUCAGUCUGCUCUCUCAACAAAAGAAGCUGCUGUUGCAGCUGUAAGUGGUGAUGUACUUAAGUUGCCUGAUGUCAGUAUUACCUAUGCAUCUUCUAGAUUUUCAGAUUCUGGUGUAGAAAGUGAACCAAGUUCUUUCGCAAUGCAUCCAAGUUCAGAUGUGGCUUUUGAAACUCCUCAAGGUCAAAGUGCAUGCAGUAUUGAGAGAUUACUUCCUCAGCUUUUGUUAAAACCAGAUUGCAAUAUUAAAAACCUGGUAGAAAAUCACUGUACAGAAAGUACAAGUGCUGUUAGUGAAAUACAGUCCUCAUUGACAUCGAUAAAUUCUCUCCCUUCUGAUGAUGAUCUAUCCCCUGAUGAAAACUCAAAGAUAUCUGUUGUACCUGAAUGCCAGUUAAGUGACAGCAAAACUGUAUUAGACUUGGGAGCAAUUGACUUGGCAAAAUGCGAUGACAAUGAAGAACCAAAUGUUUUGCCACACCACUGUGUAGCAUGUUCAGAAGACUUGGACAAUGAAACUAUAUUUCUGCCUUCUUCGCCCUCAAAUGUAAAAUGUCCUUUACAGUUGUUUUCAGAUGAAGAUACAUGUACAGAUAAAACACCACACUUGAAUAUUGACACAGCUUGUAAAGAUAGCCAAAGACUGGAGAGAGACUUGAAUACUAUAGGAAAAACAAAUGAAACUCCACCGGGAGUUGUUUAUCUUGGUGAGUCAUGUGUUGUUUCAGGUUCAGUAUCGAGUUACACUGAAGGUGGUGUGGAAAGACCAAAUGAAGGAGAUUUUAUUGACUCUUUAGAGCAAAAAAAGCCAGUUGAUAAAUUGUCAAGUGCAAAAAAUGAAAAUCCCACAAGCAUGAAUAUCCUCUCAUCUGAAGGAAGUACAGAUAUGUUGAAGCAAGGACUUGUAGAAAACUACUUUAGCUAUCAAAGCAGUACAGAAAUUUCCAAAAUUUAUGCUGCUGACAAUAGUAAUUCUGUUAGCCCUCAAAAGGGAACAAUUUGUUCUAUUUCGACAGGGGAGGAGGAGGAGGAGGAGCAAGACCAAGACAUGGUUGAAAAUGGUUAUUUUGAGGAAGCAGAUGAUAUUAAUGAAUAUAGAGCUACCAAUGAUUCUGAGGAAACUUUUGGGUUAACAAAUGAGAGUUCUUUAACACCGGAAAGAAUGACCAGAGAACUUUUUGGGAAUGCCACAGAUAUCUCUCCAUUCUGUACUCCAAGUAGUUUGGCUUUUUCCUCUGCAUUGAAAGGAUAUCCUUGCAGUGUGUUAUGGUCUUCAAAGGACAAACAUAAUGCAAUUCCCAAGCUACCCAGCAGUGUCUCCUGCAGUACAACUUCAUCUGUCCCUUGGUAUGAGUGGACUCCCAAACCUCAAAAGCUAGCAUUCCUCCAGGCUAAAGAAGAACUGAAGCAUCUUCAGCUCCCUGGAUUUAUGUACAGUGAUAUUCCCAAACUGGCAUCCUCAGUACCUUAUUUCAGUACUGAAGAGGAGGAAAAUACAGAAGAUGGAAUACAUCUCGUAGUCUGUGUGCAUGGUUUAGAUGGUAAUAGUGCAGACUUAAGAUUAGUAAGGACUUACAUUGAACUUGGUCUUCCUGGAAGUCGUAUAGAUUUUCUGAUGUCUGAAAGAAAUCAGAACGAUACAUUUGCUGAUUUUGAUUCAAUGACAGAUCGUCUCUUGGAUGAAAUAAUACAAUAUAUUCAAAUUUACAAUCUAACAAUUUCAAGAAUCAGUUUUAUUGGGCAUUCAUUGGGUAACUUAAUAAUCCGUUCGGUGCUCACAAGGCCCAGGUUUAAAUUUUACCUCAACAAACUUUACACCUUCCUGUCCCUGUCUGGACCACACCUUGGUACACUCUACAACAGCAGCGCUCUUGUUAAUACAGGUCUCUGGUUUAUGCAGAAGUGGAAGAAGUCAGGGUCUUUACUGCAGCUGACAUGUCGAGAUCAUUCAGAUCCCCGCCAAACCUUCUUGUACAAACUUAGUAGAAAGGCAGGUCUUGAAUAUUUCAAAAAUAUAGUAUUAGUUGGAUCUCUGCAAGAUCGUUAUGUCCCUUAUCAUUCUGCUCGCAUUGAGAUGUGUAAAACAGCUUUGAAGGACAAACAGACAGGACCAAUAUAUGCCGAAAUGAUCCAGAAUCUGCUUCUUCCUGUUCUUCAAAACAAGGAAUGCAGUUUGGUUCGUUAUAAUGUACAUUGUGCAUUGCCAAACACAGCUGAUUCUCUCAUUGGAAGAGCUGCACACAUUGCUGUUCUGGAUUCAGACAUAUUUUUAGAAAAGUUUUUUCUGGUUGCUGCCCUAAAAUAUUUCCAGUAGGAAUAAAAAACAUUGUAACUGACCUGGCUAUUACCUCAUUAACAGAUGAAUCAAAUUAUGUGUGAUAUUAAAACUGUAGCUGCCGCUAUAUUUUAAGAGAUAUUUAUACUGUACUUUUUUAUAUGGAAGAUAAUUUAUAUCAUCCAUGUGAAGAGCUUUUUUAACAUCAACUUUACUUUCUAGGUAAUGUGGCUGUGCAAUAUUUUUUUUAAUGUUCGUUUUUACUUUUUUCUAUUUUUCUUAUUUUGGGUACCUACUUAUUUCAGAACUGAGAUUUAAGCAGUUAUGUACAAUUGGUGGGUUUAUUGGCUCUCUAGAUUGCUAAAGGUCAGUGUUAUGUGACAUUUUUAUGCAUCUUUUGAUGCCAAAAUAAAUCUGAAUUUUAACAAGUGUAAGGUUUUAAAUUUGAUAGUUCUGUUUCAUAUUGUAGAAAGCUGAACUGGAAGAAUGUUGGCUGCUAAAUAACUAUGAUAACUGUAGGUCUGUUCAAGACCACUCUUUUGAGUGACUGUUUGUUAUAUCACUACAUUCUGUUUUCUAUAGACUCAUUACUGAAAUGCUAUGCCUGUGGAAACUACAUUUUCCUAUUGAUCUCAGUAGCAUGUUGGUUUACAUUUUCACCUUUAUUACUGGAACUUUAGUUUUCGUAAGCAAGCAGCAGUUAAGGAUUUUUGAAUGUUGAAAUGUGAGCUGCCUUCAAAUGGUAUUUUGCAAAGUUUAAUAAACUUUGCUCUUACUAUUGGUUCAGUUCUUCAGUGAACCUUUUACACAGGACUUCCUUGUAUGUACAUUUUAAAAAGUAAAGGCUAUAAAUUUCUGCAAUACUUUUAUGAAUAUAGAUUUUUAAAUGCAUUUUACUGACUACAAAUUAUUGUAAAUAAAAAUCAGUUUGCAUCUUGAAAUGGAACAAAAUGGUAAACUUUAGUGAUACUGGUAAAUGUUUUUAAUAUACAACAAUGUUAAAGGUCUGUCAAAUUGGUGCUGAACAGCAGUGAGUUCAAUAUUCAUCCCCUUUACCUGUUUCAAAUAGCAAUGCACUUAAAGGUGUAAAAAAGAUGUUGUGCAUUCACUAAUUGUAAUGACCAGGUUUUCUGAAAAUAUAAAUCUGUUGUAUAUCUAGUGCAUGUUUAUUUUUUAGCAUUGUGUUAUUGCAUCUGGUGUUAAUAAAUUGAAAAGACUUCUAAUAACUUAUGAGAGAAAGCAAAAUUUUGCUUCUUUUUCAAUAUGCCGA